AUGACCGGCUGCGUGUUGGUGCCGGGCGACAUUGGGAAAAGGGUGAGAGAACGAGAAAGCACUGGCAAGACGCCUCCCCAUCUCCCCACCACCCUCCUCCAUCAUGAUCGAUGCCCACCGUCUUCCACUUUGGUUUCAUCCACCAUCGACGUCCUCCCUUCUCUCUACCGACCCGCCUGCUCCGCCCCGCCCCGCCCCCGCCCUCAUCGACCAACGGUGCGCGGCUUCUUGAUUCGCCGUACUCGGCAGGUCCGCUGCUGCGCUCUCUACAGCAGUCACACCCGCCCUCCUUCCGUGUGUGUGCAUCACCUGUUUCUCGUCACUGGUGCCGUUCUGCUUUCUUUUUGGGGGCGCCCUUCUCUCACUCUUCUCCCUCCCUCUUUGUCGAAUCAUUCACAUCUGAUCCCCUCGUCCGACCCCACGCCAGCCACCCUCACCCUCCUCCCACCCCCUGUGACUAGCGCGAACCAAAUGGUGUACGCACUGCUGGAGCUGCCCGCUGGCGUGGCGCUGUUCAAAGUGGACGGCGAGAGGCGUAAGCUGAAGGCGCUGCUGCAUUUCAAGAGCACCGCCGAUGCCCUCGAGACGACGGCGCAGCUCGUGAACGGUGAGCUGUCGAAGCCGGUGCGCAAGUUCCUGAAGAAGAACUACCUGGAGAAGGAGGUGUCCGAGGAGCUGGCGGUGGCCGAUGCGAAGCUGGCCAAGGCUAUCAAGGAGACGCUCGCCAUCCCGUGUGUGUCCGGUGAAGACACGCUCCCGACCUUCCGUGCGCUUAAGCAGAACAUCGACAGCCUCCUCGAGGACGUCUCGGCGGAGCAGCUGAACCAGACGGCGCUCGGUCUGGCACACAACCUUAACCGGUACAAGCUGAAGUUCUCCCCUGAUAAGGUGGAUAUGAUGGUUGUGCAGGCGGUGUCGCUCCUCGAGGACCUUGACAAGGAGAUCAACAAGUACGCCAUGCGCGCGCGCGAGUGGUACGGCUGGCACUUCCCCGAGCUGGGCAAGAUCGUGAACGACAACGUGGCUUACUGCAAGAUCGUCCUAGCCAUGAAGACGCGCUUCAACGCCCGCGACACGGACUUCUCCGACUUUCUCGAGGAGGAGAUGGAGCAGCGAGUGAAGGAGGCGGCGAUGGUGUCAAUGGGCACGGAGAUUGCGGAGGAGGACAUCGAGAACAUCUCGCGGCUGUGCAACGAGGUCGUCGCGGCCUCGAAGUACCGCGAGCAGCUCUCUACCUACCUCUCCUCCCGCAUGCAGACCAUCGCCCCGAACCUGACAACGAUGGUGGGGGAGCAGAUUGGUGCCCGACUAAUCCAGAAGGCCGGCUCGCUACUGACGCUUGCCAAGUACCCUUCCUCGACGGUGCAGAUCCUCGGCGCUGAGAAGGCCCUCUUCCGUGCCUUGAAGCAGCGCCAGGCCACCCCCAAGUACGGCAUUCUCUACAACGCCUCCGUGGUGGCCAAGGCGGCCCCGGCGCAGAAGGGCACCAUGUCCCGUGUACUCGCUGCGAAGGCGUCGCUGAGCGCCCGCAUCGACUCUUUCGGCGAGGGCGACAACACGCCUGCCCUAGAGUACCGCGGCAAGGUGGAGAACCGCCUCAAGGCUUUUGAGGAGGGCAUCGCGUAUGGCAAGAGUGGCAACGCCCGCGGCGCCGGCGCCGGCUUGGAGCAGCGCGGUAGCUAUGGCGACAACCAAGGCAACGGCUUCAAGCGCCCGCGCAUGAACACUAGCGGCUUCAACAACGACCGCGGCGGUCGCGGCGGCGGCGGCGGCUUCAAGCACUCGCGCCCAGAAAACAUCGGCUACUAG